GGAAUCCUGCCCUUUUUUUCUUCCUUUUGUCUCAUCCGUGUUACCUUGGAAGAGGCGAGGGUAUUCUGGGGAUACUUUUGGACUCAAAAUUGAUUUGCUCAUCCUCCCAUUUCAAACUGUACUUGAUCGAUAGAUUCAUGCGGAGGAGAUUGCAAAGAUGAAAAAGAUGCUAGACGAUACACAGGCAGAGCUAGAUGCUUACAUUCAAAAGACUCACCUGCUCGAGCCUUUGGUGGAGGAGGAUGAGAUCCUGAGACGUGAUAUCGCCCAGAGUGCCGCAGAGUUGACACAGGUGAAACUGGAACGCGAUCUGGCCAAGGACAGCAUGAGUGAGCUCAUCAAUGAGCACCAGCAAACCAUGGAGAGUCUUCGAAAGGAACAUGAAGUAGCCAUGGAGAGUUUUCAAAAAGAACAUGAAGCGGCCAUGGAUAGUCUUCGAAAGGAGCAGGAAAUGGUCAUGAGCGUGCUGGAGGCUCAGCACAAAGAGAAUCUGGAAUGCGUUGGUCGUGAAGCGACCCAAGCACAGGAGCUGUUGAUGACAAAACAUCAGGAAGAAAUUACACGUCUGUCGACGACUGCACCCCAGGCUGAAGAUGUGGUCACUUUGCAGUUGGAGAUCUCCUCCGUCCAAACACAGGUCAACACAUUGCAGGAGACGAUUGAGAAGCAGGCAAAGGAAAUCACAGAGCUAGCCAUGAUCAAGGCCGCGUUGGCGCGAGACCUGACUGAAGCGAAGGCGGAGGUUACCAAGUCGGAGGGGGAGCUCAAGAAAGCAAAGCAGCUCGCAGCACAAGCAGAGCUUUCGACAUUGACGCCCACGUCGCCAAAGAUCACUUCUGGCUCGUUUAUGUGUAAGCACCCCGAAUGUCACGAGCAACUCACGACCACGACGACAAAAGCCUCGACAAUCUUGAGCCGUGAAUCCAAAGACGUUGCAGCGAGACACGAGUUCUCGUGGGCGCAAUUUAUCUUCCCUCUCGGCAAAAAGGGCACGGCGCAUGUAAAUCAGACGCCCACGAGCAUGCUGAUGUCUGGAGGUUUUAUGUUAGUAGGCCUCGGUGCCUUUGUGUUCAUGCGCAGGAGUGGGUUCACUGUGAAAUAAGGGGGGAAAAAAAAAAAAAAAAAAAAAAAGACGGGACGAGCGGCACCGCUUCCUGUUCUUUCCCCGUUCGCUUUAUUGUCAAAGUGCUACAGACCUUUGCAUAUAUCCAUGUUUAUCUCUCCACUCUUUUUUUGCAGCUCGACCUUGUAACAUAUAUAAUAAAAGAAUGGUCGCACUGAAAAAAAAAAAAAAAAAAAAUGCGGAAUGUCUACUCAA